AUGAAAUCAAUGUCUGUUUUCCAUAACUUCACCAACCCCUCCAGCCUCAUCCUGAUGGGCAUUCCUGGCAUUGAAACGGUCCAUGUCUGGAUCUCCAUUCCUUUCUGCACCAUGUACGUCAUAGCCAUCUUGGGGAACUUCACCAUCCUGUUCAUUGUGAAGAGGGAGCCAAGCCUCCAUGGACCUAUGUACUAUUUCCUCUGCAUGCUGGCUGUUAGUGACCUGGUCAUGUCCACAUCCACCUUACCCAAAACACUGGGCAUCUACUGGUUCAAUUCCAGGGAGAUCGAUUUCAGUGCCUGCCUCACCCAGAUGUACUUCAUUCAUUCCUUCUCAGUGAUGGAGUCUGGGAUCCUUGUGGCCAUGGCUUUUGAUCGCUAUGUGGCCAUCUGUGAUCCCCUGAGACAUUCCACCAUCCUGACACACCCCGUGGUGGCCAAGAUUGGCCUGGCUUUCAUGCUCCGCGGUGGCUUGCUCAUACUACCAUAUCCCUUGCUGGCGAGGAGCUGGCCAUAUUGCAGGACCAAUGUCAUUCCCCAUACGUACUGUGAGCACAUGGCUGUGGUGAAACUGGCCUGCGCUGACAUCCGCAUCAGUAGUUACUACAGCCUCUUUGUGGCACUCUCUGUGACCAGUCUGGAUAUAUUUUUAAUUGUUGUGUCAUAUAUUCAGAUCCUAAGGGCCAUAUUCAGUCUCCCCACAAAGGAUGCCCGGCUCAAGAUCUUUGGGACUUGCAGCUCACACCUCUGUGUCAUCUUAGCCUUUCAUAUCCCACGUCUCUUCUCCUUUCUCACACACCGAUUUGGUCAGAAUGUGCCCCUUCAUUUCCGUGUUCUCAUUGCCAAUGUGUACCUCCUGGUGCCCCCCAUGCUAAACCCCAUCAUCUAUGGGGUGAGGACCAAACAGAUCCGGGGCAGGCUGAUUCGGCUUUUUACUCAUAAAAGGACUUAA